CAGGGCCUCGCGCAGCCGCUCUCGGCCUACAACAGCAGCAGCUUGAGCCUCAACAGCUUAAGCAGCAGCAGAAGCAGCACUCCUGCCAAGACUCAGGCCCCUCCUCCACACAUAUCUCACCAUCCCUCGGCCUCCCCGUUCCCCCUCUCCCUACCCAGCCACAGCCCGCUGCACACCUUCACGCCCACCCUCCAGCCCCCCGCACACCCACAUCACCCCAAUAUGUUUGCCCCUCCUACGGCUUUGCCUCCUCCACCUCCAUUGACGUCAGGGACGCUGCAGGUUCCAGGACACCCAGCUGGUAGUACUUACUCAGAACAAGAUCUCCUGCGCCAGGAGCUGAACACGCGAUUCCUGGCCUCGCAGAGCGCGGACCGCGGGGCCUCCCUGGGCCCGCCGCCGUACCUGAGGACCGAGUUCCACCAGCACCAGCAUCAGCACCAGCACACGCACCAGCACACACACCAGCACACCUUCACGCCUUUCCCUCACGCCAUCCCACCCACUGCCAUCAUGCCGACGCCAGCACCGCCCAUGUUUGACAAAUACCCUACAAAAGUUGACCCCUUCUACCGUCACAGUCUGUUUCACUCCUAUCCUCCAGCUGUAUCAGGGAUUCCUCCCAUGAUUCCUCCCACUGGCCCCUUUGGCUCGCUGCAAGGAGCAUUUCAGCCCAAGACUUCCAAUCCUAUUGAUGUUGCAGCCAGACCUGGAACUGUCCCACACACCCUUCUGCAGAAAGAUCCACGGUUGACAGAUCCGUUCAGGCCCAUGUUGAGGAAACCUGGCAAGUGGUGUGCUAUGCACGUUCACAUCGCCUGGCAGAUAUACCACCACCAACAGAAGGUCAAGAAACAGAUGCAGUCUGAUCCGCACAAGCUGGACUUCGGCCUGAAACCCGAGUUUCUGAGCAGGCCACCAGGUCCCAGCCUUUUCGGAGCCAUCCACCACCCCCACGACCUGGCCCGGCCCUCGACUCUCUUCUCCACAGCCAGUGGGGGUCAUCCAGCCGGCACCCCUUUUGGCCCACCACCUCACCACAGCAACUUCCUCAACCCAGCUGCUCACUUAGAACCGUUCAAUCGCCCGGCCUCCUUCAGCGGCCUCACGGCGGUGGGUAGCAACGCCUUCGGGGGACUGGGGAACCCCACAGUCACACCCAACUCAGUGUUCGGCCACAAGGAUGGCCCCAGUAUGCAGAGCUUUAGCAACCCUCACGAGCCCUGGAACCGACUGCACCGAACUCCUCCUUCGUUCCCGACCCCUCCGCCCUGGCUGAAGCCAGGAGAGCUGGAGCGCAGUUCAUCUGCUGCAGCUCAUGACAGAGAUAGAGAUGUAGAUAAACGAGACUCAUCUGUUAGUAAAGAUGACAAAGAAAGGGAAAGCAUUGAGAAAAGACACUCCAGCCAUCCUUCGCCAGCACCUAUCCACCCAGUAAACUCCCUCGGACAUAACCGCAGCUCGAACGAGCAGAUCAGGAGCCAUCUGAAUCCCGAGGGUCGAGAAAAAGAGAAACCCAAAGAACGAGAGAGGGAUCACUCCGAAUCGCGGAAGGAAAUUAAUGUUGAAGAGCACAAGGUGAAGGACAACUAUAUUUCGGAGAAGGAAGGCCUGAGCCAUGAAAGCCGAGUGGUGGAAGAGUCUAAGCAAAUGCCCAGGGUUCCUUCGCCCUACGCUAGGCCCCCCGUUGUGGAGAGCACCAGGCCCAACAGUACUUCAAACCGUGAGGCCGAGCGGAAGAACGAGCCGGCGUACGACAACCCGAAGAAGAGCAAUGAAGUCAAAGUGAAGGAGGAGCGAAAGGAAGACCAUGAUGUUCAACCUGAGGGACCUCAGACUCAUAGGUCAUCUGAUCAGCCACCACCGAUAUCUACAUCUAACGUCCAUCCAAGUCCUCUAGUGUCUAUGCCCAUGACUGUAGGUGUAACUGGUAUACAUCACAUGAACAGCAUCAGUGGCCUGGACAGGACUCGCAUGAUGACCCCUUUUAUGGGAAUUAGCCCAAUUCCUGGUGGAGAACGUUUCCCCUACCCUUCUUUCCACUGGGAUCCAAUGAGAGAUCCCUUAAGAGAUCCGUACAGAGAGCUGGAUAUUCACCGGAGAGACCCCCUGGGCAGAGACUUUCUGCUAAGAAAUGACCCCCUUCAUCGUCUUUCUACGCCGAGGUUAUACGAAGCAGACAGGUCGUUCAGGGAUCGGGAACCUCACGACUACAAUCACCACCACCAUCACCACCACCCUCUCUCUGUUGACCCUCGACGGGAGCAUGAGAGGGGCAACCACCUGGAUGAGAGGGAGCGGUUGCACAUGCUGCGGGAGGACUACGAGCACGCGCGCCUGCACUCGGUUCACCCGGCCGCCUUGGAGGGGCACCUGCCCCACCCGAGCCUCAUCACGCCAGGACUUCCUAGCAUGCACUACCCCAGAGUCAGCCCCCCGACGGGGCACCAGAACGGCAUCCUCAAUAAAACUCCUCCCACAGCAGCUCUCAGCGCCCCUCCGCCUCUCAUCUCUACUCUGGGACCUCGGCCUGGGUCUCCCAGAAGGACUACUCCUCUGUCAGCAGAGAUGAGAGAGAGGCCUCCUUCUCACACCCUCAAGGACAUCGAAGCUCGAUAAGCAGAGUGAGACUAAACAAAAACCAGAGGAAGAGGGACAGGACGUUGUAAAUGAACAUAAUAUAAAGACCUUCUUACUAGUCAUUGAUACAGACUGGGGAUGUGACCCACUGUACAAUAUGUAUAGACCUGAGUGCAAAGAUUUUGAAAUGGUUUUUUUUGUAUA